UUGAAUGAACUGUUUUGUGUUUAUAUGGAGGAUUUAGGUCACUUUCCAGGAGCCGGAGGCUGCUGCCAGGGCAUGUGCUGAUCCAACUCCAGUUAUUGAUGGCCGCCGCGCUAAUUGUAAUCUGGCUUCACUCCGGCGCCCUCGGCCGCAUAUGAGUUAUGUACGUACAGCACCGGCUUCUCCAUACAUUGGAAGCAUGCAAGCUCCUCGUGGGGCUUAUGUCGGAGCAUAUGGCUACCAGCAGCCUCUUACGUACAAUUAUCCACAAGGGAUGAUGUUUCCUCCUUAUGGGAACUGGGAUCAAUUUGAAACAAAUGAAGCAUUAUUUGGGGUAAAAAGCACAUUUGAUGAGGAACUUUACACAACAAAGCUUGAGAAAGGUCCUAAAAUGAGAGAGUUGGAAAGGGAAGCUUUACGAAUAGCAAGAGAAAUUGAGGGUGAGGAUACCCAGGAUCUGCAUGCAGCAGAGGAAAGAGGCAUGCAGCCGUAUGAAAAUUUUGAUAUUGAUGAGGAGACCAGAUACUCCUCUGUUUAUCGGGGUGAGGUAGUUGAUGAUAGUGGAUACGAUGAAGAUGAGGAUAUUUUAUUGGAUUCACGUAAUACUGAGACCUUUGGAGGUUCUCCUGGUUCUGAGCAAAAGAGUUCAAUCGAUUGGACCAGUGGAAAAGGCAACCAUGGAGUUCAGGAUUACACACACUAUUCUGAAUCAAAUGUCGCCCCAGAGUUAUAUCGUUCUGGAUCUUAUGACCAUGCUAGGCAGCUGGCAUCAGAACCACCUAAUAAAAGUUUUGCCAGUACAGCCGGUGAAAGCAGUGAACAUGUAGAUACCGACAGUGCUACUGACUCUGUAGAAAAGCAUAUGCUGGCCGGGGACAGUCAAACGUCAAAACCAGAUGGAUUUAGCAAAAAGUUUGCACAAGGAUUGUGUUGCAAUAAAGGAACCAGCUAAGUGAUGGUGCAGCUUCAUUGGUGCUAGUGAGUGGGGAAAAGGCACUUAAACUUGGGUUACAUGCUCUUG